GACUACACCACGACGACGACGACGACGAGGCGAAGAUGCGGUGAGGACGAGAACAUGGACGCCGCCACGCACCUCUACCAUGGCCAUCCCAAGACGCUGCUGUUCUCCGCCGCUGUCACCCUCCGGAUAACGCUGGCCCUCGCCUUUCCAGGCCUCCCUGACCUCUUGACGGGCAGAGCGGAGAUCUCGACCCCCGUCAAUAGCUUCAAGAGAUUACAGGAAGGCUUGUUCUUAUACGAGCGAGGACUUGAUCCGUACGACGGCGGCAUCUUCCACCAGGCUCCUCUUUUCCUGCCGCUAUUUGCCCUCCUGCCCUCGGCGUCUACCUGGCUGGGUCGCUUAGCCACGAUCCUCAUCUACACUGGCCUGGAUGUCUUGACUGCAGACUGCAUUUAUGACAUUGCCAGCUCAGGUGCAGCCGCCGCUUCCCUUCUCUUCACGUCCCCGAGAGCCGACCGCGUCUGGCAGCCAGCUUCUGUAGCGGCCGUCUACCUCUUCAAUCCUUUCACCCUCGUAGCAUGCUUCGGCCGGCCGACGACGGCAUUCGCCGCCUUCUUCACCUUGCUCAGCGUCAAGCAUGCUUGUCAAGCCAAGGUGAUGACGGCUGCUUUCGCUCUGGCCAUUGCCAGCUACAUCAGUCUGCACCCGGUGUUGCUGCUACCGCCCAUUGGACUGCUAUGCUAUGACCAACUAUGUGUGCAGUUGGCUGGCCGAGCGACCAUGACCGAGGAAGGGACUUCUGGCCAGGGCAGAGUGACAAAAAUCGCUUGUAACAAAGAGCUGCUCCCUCCAAUCUCUACAUUUGCGGUCGUGCUCGUCAGCACCUUCUUGACUUUCUCUGGCUUUCUGCUUGUAGUGUCCCGCCUGUUACUUCCAUCCUGGCAGUUCCUGGAUUCCGUGUAUAUGACUCCACUCACGAUGCCAGACUUGACGCCAAAUUCCGGAUUGUGGUGGUAUUUCUUCAUCGAAAUGUUCGAUGCAUUCCGAGAGUUCUUCUUGGGCGUCUUUUGGCUACAUAUGCUGUCAUACAGUAUACCAUUCUGCAUUCGCUUCCGGAACCAACCACUUGCAGCUGUAGUGCUGAUGCUGGGAAUCAAUGCCAUCUUUCAGCCAUAUGCCAAUGUUGGCGAUGUAGGCACCUGGCUGAGCAGUCUUUGUCUGCUUGGACACGUGUUCGAAUUAUGUUCCACGCACCGCUAUACUUUCCCAGCUUUAUCGGCUCUUCUCUAUGCAUCACUGUUGGGACCAGCAUUUCACCAUCUGUGGAUAUAUGCUGGCUCCGGGAAUGCCAAUUUCUUCUACGCCAUCACACUGGUCUGGAGCCUGGCUCUACUUAUAUUGCUUACCGACACCGUAUAUGCAGUCCUUCGGGAUGCGUGGGAAAAUGAACGGCCUGAAGGGAAAGGAAAAGAGGUGCGACAGGUGUAGUCUGCAGUACAUGGGGUUGAGCGGAGUGAAGUUACCCAGUCCGGAACCGGCGAAACUUCGAAAGGAUUGCCUACAGCGGCUUUUAUACAUACCGCAGACCCAAUCUACCACGGGUUCGCGCCCAUUCCUGGUAAUCAUGUCUACCACUGCACAACCCGCUCAUGCUUCGUCUUCUAUGCGCGAAUCGUAGCACUGAUUUCGUGCAUCUGUUUCAAAAACGGCAAGAGAAGGCGGACGGCGGAGAUGGAACUUGUGCAGACAGACUGCGCAGCUCUCUAUGUCACGCGAGUACGAAGAUGCUGUCAGAGGCAGCAAAGGGGAUGGUGAAGAUGAGUUAUCGGAAGCCAGCGAAGCUAAUGGAAUUAAUGCGGGAAGACACCAGGUCGCCAGGUGAUAUACCAUGAUGUUGUAGCCGGUAUCAACUCUCGAUGAGUAGCAGAUUUCCGCCUGCACAUCCUUCUCUUGUGUAUACUUGCCAAAUUCAUAACGACUCAAAGCUG